UUCACUUCCACCACGCCACAUCUGGCACUUAGUGCCAUCCGAUAUCUUGUCUGCAAAGAUAAUCCAGCAUCCCACCCUCGCGCAACAUUUGAGGCACUAGACAUCACUGAUGAUUGUUCCUGGGAAAUAGCUUCUUCGAACGGUCUAGAAGAGGAUCUAGCUUCACCGAAGAAGCCACGAUAUGAAAGGGAGGAAACAAUAGAAGGAUUCAGUGACAUUUAUCGAGCUGUGAACCUUGCGAGCGCACCAGCGCACCAGGAAAUCCUCGCCAGGCUCCCAGCAGGGGUCAUUUUCGAGCUUGCACGGAUGUGUCUCACACAAGGAAAGGACCCCAAUGACCUGGAUCCAAACUGGCUCUGCAGGUUAGAAACGACCCAUGCGGUCGGCCUACCUUUGAUUGCCAAACAUGCGAGUACGGGCCAAUCCCAAUCAGUUUAUGGAAAGGUUGCGGAAAGCUUGGAUUGGGAAGCAAAUUCAAUAGUGAGAGGAGACGGGACUAUGCUAGAAUGCCAACCCGCUCCGACGUCGUUACUUGAUGGAGAGGAACUU